CAGGACGCUGCAGCCAGGAGGUGACCACGAAGAGCGACCAAGAUCACUACCUUGUAGCUGCUGCUCUGCUCACCUGCACUGUCACUUGGAGCCCUGCCAGGGCAGAAGGUAGCCCAAGGGAGGAGGAUGUCUGAGUUGGAGAAGGCCGUGGUGGCCCUCAUUGACGUUUUCCAUCAAUAUUCUGGAAGGGAGGGCGACAAGCACAAGCUGAAGAAAUCCGAACUCAAGGAGCUCAUCAACAACGAGCUUUCCCACUUUUUAGAGGAAAUCAAAGAGCAGGAGGUUGUGGACAAAGUCAUGGAAACACUGGACAACGAUGGAGAUGGCGAAUGUGACUUUCAGGAAUUUAUGGCCUUCAUUGCCAUGGUUACCACCGCCUGCCACGAGUUCUUUGAACACGAGUGAACUAGAGAACGCAGCCGAGCUGUUCCUGUAACAGAGGUGAAGGUCACACAAGGAAGCAGACAGCAAGGGCUUGCCGGCUAGUAGGAGCUAAGUUUUCCCGCCAUGAUGUAGCAAUUAGGAAGCUUGAUUUGCUUUGUGAAUGAAAAUUUGAAAACCUC